CCACUGUCAAGGAAACCAGCUGAGCCUCUCUUGUGCAAACACUCCCAAACACACACAUACACUUGCACACUCACACACACUCACCAAACAGGAAGACUAUUACCUGUUUGGUGUGAGUUGGCUGGGAGCUGUCAGAGUUAUCUGUGAAGAAGAGAAAAGUCGAUUUGAAUGAUACCAGCAUAAGGAUCAUUGGCACCACAGUGAGGAACAAGUUUAGCAGAGACAUACUCCGGAUUACAAAAUUGGAAAAUAAACUCAUCAAACCACCACAGACCAGACCGUCAAGAAACAGAAAAGGACUUUACAAAAGUUCAUGGCUGUCCACCUGCCACUUGUGUGAGUGUGGAUUACAAGUCCAAGGACCUGGGAUGAUGCUUUCUAACUGACUCCUACAAGCCUGCAACUGUCAACAAUGUUCACCCCCAAGAAAAACAGUCUUCCCUCCCCGUGCCUGGAGGACUCCUUCUUCCCUCUCUCCUCAUCCUCCACAGUCUCACUCUCCUUUGCUCUCCCCUCAUCCACAUCGUCCCCUGGCAGCAGUGACAGCGGAGGAGGGAUAGAGACGGAUCUGAUACUAGCUGCAGAGCUGGGACAGGCUUUACUGGAGAAGAAUGAGGAGCUGGCAACCACAGUGGAGCAGAGGGAGAGGGAGGUGGAGGCUUUACAGCAGGAGAAGCAUGUUCUUCAGAGGAAGCUGGAGAUGAAUGAACUGACAUCUGGGCAGAGAGAGGCAGAGCUGACAGCAGAUUUAGCUGCCUUAAGGGCUGAGCUGGAGCGACAUCACAGCCAGGGACGCGACCGACGAAAGGAUGAGAGUGAACAGCUGACUCAGUUAGCCAACCAUAACCAACGCUUGGUGGAGCAGCUAGCAGAGGCUGUAACACUGGAACACACCUUGAGGACUGAGCUUCGUUCCCUCAGAGAAGAGAUGGAAGAAUCAUCUUUCAGCCGAAAUAUCAACUUCACACAAUUACAGAACAUACAUGCAGAGAACAGAGUUUUGCUGGAGCGGCUGUCGCACAUGGAAGCACAACUAAAAGGAUCACAGGAGCACAGCAAUAGACUCUACAUUGAGAGAGAGCAACUGAGAGAUAGACUGUCAGAACUACAAACGAAACUGAGAGAGAAAGAAGCAGAGAUAGAGCAGGAGCAGGGAGUGGUGUUUGAGUUGAGAACCGUGAAUCGCUCUCUACAGCAGAACGCUCUGAACCUAGGAGAAGAGAACAUUCUGGACAGUAGACACACACAACCUUUGUCACUGCUUAGUGAAAUUCAGCAAUCACAGACUAAAGAAGCUCUUCUAGCUCACUCCACAGUCCUGCAAGCAAGAGAUGAAGAGAUACGAGCACUCGCAGAGGAGCUACAAUCUCAACGAGAGGAGCUGGAGUCUUUGAGGGAAGAAAUCAAGCCAUUUAGAAGCAGUCCUGGAAUGCCAAGCUACAGUUCUUUAGAGAGUGAACUGGCCACGAUGCGUCAGGAGAAAGAAACACUAACUCAGCAGCUUCUCAACACCAUCAAACACAAGGUGGUGCUGUCUCAAGAGCUGGAGGCCUGGCAGGAGGACAUGCGGUUGGUGAUCAAUCAACAGGUGCAGCAAAGGGAGGAGGAGAGACAGAGGGAAAAACAGCAAGAGAAAGACAACACAGUAGGAUUCCAAAGAAGCAAGUCUUUGAGAGUGAAAGGAGAAGGAGGGAAAGGAUUCUUCUCUUCCUUUUUCAAAGACAAAUGACAAAGAAAAGAGGCAUCGGUUAAACGGAGUAUCAGCCUUUAUCUUUGCCACUGUGAGCUUAUUCUGCCAGAUAAUGUACAGUGUAAUCUGUUAUCAGCAUCAACAAAUGAAAUGUUUACAUACCUCAUAUUUGAAUAUAUUUGUAUAUAUAUAUGUACAGUAUAUCAGUAAUUUCAGUUUUUAGGACUUUGUAUUAAAACUUUAAAGCCACCA